GGAACUAGUUAUUGGCCUGAUGUUACUCCGGAUGAUGUUUUGGGAGCACACUUGUAGGGAAACAGCUGCGCUUUGAUAAAGCAGAAGGAAAUUUAUAUCAGGCUACUUAAUAAAAAUGGAGGAUCAAGAAAUGCAGUUGAAAGUAAAAAGAGUGACUGAUAAAUUCUCAGAGAGUAUGUAUGUUUUGGCCAAUGAACCGUCGAUAGCGCUUUAUAGGUUACAAGAGCAUGUCAGGAGAUCCCUACCAGAGCUCGUGCAACACAAGACAGACAUGCAGAGUUGGGAGGAACAAAGUCAAGGAGCAAUCUACACUGUUGAAUAUGCAUGCAGUGCAGUUAAAAGCAUGACGAAUAGUAGUCUGUAUUUCAAGAACAUAGACGGUCUGCUCCGGCAAGCCAUUUCACUGAAGGAACGGAUCAGCAGCUCGCAGGGUCGAAGUGCUGUGCAACCUGCAAUUAAUCCAAACGAUACACCCACACACACUUCAGUCACACCAUCUUGACUCAUGGAAAUCUUUCUCAAAGGAAAAGAGCUUUGGAUCCUGGCAUGCUAAAGGAUGGAGGAGAAAAGCACAGCUCUGGGAUAUAAACUGAUGAAGAUCUGGAUAAAACCAUAUACCAUAUUCACUUGGUUCUGCCACUUUAUAUUAAUGAUGAUUGCUACUCUAAAAUAUGAAGCCCAUUGUCAAAUCCAAGUUACAAAAUAAAAAAUGUAAUUCUGAGUUUAAAAUAAGAAAUAAAUACAUGUAGUGGGAUAAAAAGUCACAAUUGGGAGUUGCAACUCGAGGAAUAUAUUGCAUUUGCAAGAUUUAAUGUAACAUUGAAGUGAUGAAGUUACAUUAUAACAUUUAAAUACAAAAUGUAAAACGAAAUUUUAUGUCUCCAUUGGCAAAACAAAAAUUGCAACAAAAGUUGUAAUUGCGAAGUUUAACGUCACUGCAACAUUUAAAGUCACAUUAUGAGAUAUAAAGUCACAAAUAGAAUAUAUAAAGUUGCAAUUGCAAGGAAAAUAUCGGCGUUGUGAUAUUUAAUAUUGCAUUGCGAAAUAAAUUAACAUUAUGAGAUAUAAAUUAAAAGUCACAAUUGCAAGAUAAAAAGUCAUGACUGCCAUUUUCUUUAUUCUGAGGCAGAAAUGGGCUUCCUUUCUAAAAAAUAAAGUAAAUCUUUUGGUAUAGACAUAUUUAUAAGCUGCUUUAGGUGUUUUGGCUAGUUUCUUCACAUUUUGCACAUUAAUUCCUCAUUUGUUGUAAUAAGGUCAAUGUAACUGCUCUGUAAAUGUGUAUAUACUGAACCUAACGAUUAAAGUUUUUAAGUAUAAUUCA